CCGCGCAGAGCCGCGUUGCCGCCGCGCUGCCGCGCCCCGCUCAGGACCUCGGGACCGACAUGAGUCGCGACAGUGAUCGGACCGACGUGAAAAGUGAAAGUGCUUGUGUGAGUGCGCUGGUGUGCGUGUGAUGGGCUGGUGGCUCCUCUUCCUGCUCCUGGUGGACCUCGGGCUGGGCUGGGCGGACCUAGAGGCGGACCGCCCGGUCGGCGCGCCACUGGAAACGCUCAACGCGCUGGACACGCCGGACACGGAUACACUGGAUAAGGACACGCUGCACAGCCUGGCCAAGGAUAUCCGCAAGUCGCUAGGGCUGCGGCCCCAACCCCUCGACAUGUCCAAGGCCAACAUCUCCCAGGACGAGUGGUCCCGCAUGACGGCGCUGUACCUGGAGAAGGUUGCCGCCCGGCAGGCCGCCGCCCUGGCCGACGGCAGCGCAGAGCUGCAGCCGCAGCGGAAACUCUACACAUUCCACAACGGCGGCGCCAGAGCGCGGCGCGCGGCCGGCGCCCCCAGGAGGUCCCCGCGGACGCUGCUGCGCAUGGAGCUGCCCGCCGACACCGAGGUGGACGAGGCCGAGGUCAGGGUGUUCGCCCGGCAGCCCGGCCCGCUCAGAGUGUUCGAGAAGUGGAGCGGCGGCCGCCGUCUGGUGUCGCAGAGGACGGCGACGGCGGUGGGGUGGACGCAGCUGGACCUCAACGUCCUCGCCGAGCACGCCGCCCACGCCCGCGCGCGGCGCGCCGCCAAGAGCAGCUGUGGCAAGGACGGCCAGCGCUGCUGCAAGCACUCGCUGCAGGUGGAGUUCUCGCAGAUCCCCGACAUGCAGUUCAUCAUCGAGCCCAAGGGCUUCGACGCGGGCCUGUGCCGCGGCCGCUGCCCGCCGCGCUACCACCCCGCGCACCACCACUCCCUCAUCCAGGGCCUGCUGCGGCACCGCGAGCAGCGCGAGCAGCGCGACGCCGAGCACACCAAGCGAGGCCCUCACCGCGGCCAAGGAGCCCACAGUGUCCCCAGGCCGUGCUGCGCGCCCGCCAAGCUGCAGCCCCUCGACGUGCUCAUCGUGGACGAGGACAACCCCACCAAGCUCAAGGUCAAGGAGUGGAGCGAGAUGAAGGUGGUGAGCUGCGCCUGCGCGUGAGAGAGACAGAGAGCACGGCGACGCGUGCCAGGGGGUCGUCUGCAAAUCACGUAACGCCUUCUGUCUCUGUCGCUCUCGUUACGCGGUGUGUGGGUGGCCCUUGGGGUGGCCCCCGACAAGACUGACGCGAGCGUGCUCGGGAGCGUGCUCGGGAGCGUGCUCGGGCGGAGCUGGCCUCCCCCCGCCAUUCCAGGAUGUGAUCUCAUUCCGGCAACUUGCCCGGCAAGCCGACGGCAAGCGGCAAGGCCCUAGUCUAGUGUAGUAGUGAAUCUCCUGUUCGGACUGCGCGCCACGCGGGUCGUGGCACGCACAUUUAGCAAUUUGUUUUUGCACCGACUUUUCUUUUUUGUACUGAUAUGUAGGUUCAAGUGUUCCUCCUCCAAGUCCUAGUCGUAGUGAAGCCCGUCGAAGGGAGUCUCGUGUUGUGUUUCUGACCCUCUACCUCCAGAGGGUCCCUGCAAGUAUUUAUGUCUUAGUAUUUUAAAAGAGAUUGUUCCGUGGAGGGGCUCGCCUGUACAGCACGCAACUUGACACAGUCCUGUUUCUGAGGUUGCUUUAUGUUGCUGUUUUCGAAACGCCUCGCCAGUGUACCGGCGAGGAUCCGGAGUCGUUUCGCGGUAGCGACCCACGUCCUUGGCAAUCAACGCUGAAAGUAUUAUAUUUAUUAUUGUGUUAUUUAUUGCCUGCAUUCUCUGCAGCUUUGUAUAUCUAUUUGUAUAAACUGUUUCCAUUAAAAAAUGUCAAACUAAA